GAGAGGUAAAGAGGUGAUUCGGUCUUCUCCUCCUCCGUGUUAGCGGUUCAUUUUGUGCUUACAGAGAGACUGAGCUCAAAGCUGCGUGGGGGUUACCUGUCAUUGACUUUCUGCGGAGGUAGCACCCUGGCACUCUGCCAGGUCUUCCGGGACUAAACAAAGUUUGGAAAUUACUUCAAGGGAAGGGAAUUGACUUGCAAGGCGGGGACAUGAAGCCACUCCCACCACUAUUCGUGGCACCCAAUAGGUGACGUCAUCGUGGCUUCCCCGUACCCAGUACUAAUGAUGCUGAGAGUUGCUUCAGCCUGAUUUUUCUCCCUGUUUUUGCCACUGUGGCUCCUGGCUUUGGGGACCAUGGCUCUGAGGGAGAGCAUCCUUCCCAUCAGCGAGGUGUCCUGCCCUUUCCCGGAGGUGGUGGAGCUGAACGUGGGGGGCCAGGUCUACGUCACCAAGCACUCCACGCUGGUCAGCGUCCCCGACACCACCCUGCACACCAUGUUCUCCCGCCACCCGCUCAAGGACCUGCCGCGGGACAGCCGCGGCCGCUUCUUCAUCGACCGCGACGGCUUCCUCUUCCGCUACGUGCUGGACUUCCUGCGGGACAAGCAGCUGGUGCUCCCCGACCACUUCCCCGAGAAGGAGCGGCUGCAGCGCGAGGCCGAGCACUUCCAGCUGGCCGACCUGCUGAAGCUGCUGGCCCCCCGCGUGGCCAAGCAGGGCUCCAUGAACGACGAAGGCUGCCCCAGCGACAUCGAGGAGAGCUCCCAGAGCAGCGACCUGGCGCGCGCCGCCGCCCUGGACAAGCGCUCGGGAUUUAUCACCAUCGGCUACCGCGGCUCCUACACCAUGGUGCGCGACAACCAGGCCGACGCCAAGUUCCGGCGGGUGGCCCGCAUCAUGGUGUGCGGGCGCAUCGCCCUGGCCAAGGAGGUGUUCGGGGAGACCCUGAACGAGAGCAGGGACCCCGACCGGCCCCCGGAGAAGUACACCUCCCGCUUCUACCUCAAGUUCACCUACCUGGAGCAGGCCUUCGACAGGCUGUCGGAGGCCGGCUUCCACAUGGUGGCCUGCAACUCCACCGGCACGGCGGCCUUCAUCAACCAGUACAGAGACGACAAGAUCUGGAGCAGCUAUACCGAGUACAUCUUUUUCAGGCCAGCAGCAAGGACUGUUUCCCCUAAGCAGGACUGCGAGGAGCGGAAGCAGGAGAAGCUUCCGGACAAGGGGAGCGAGAGCGGCACCUCCCUGAACGAGCUCUCCACCUCCAGCUCCGAGACGCACUCGGAGGCCACCUCGCCCCAGGACGGCACGGUGACGGGCGGAGGAGGGGGGGGCCAGAGCGGCGGAGGCGGAGGGGGAGGUGGAGGCCUGCAGUCCGUCUCCCGCCAGCCCAGCACCCUCACCCUUGGCCGGCCCUCGAAGAAGGGCUCCGUGCAGUGGAUGCAGCUGCCGGACAAGCGGCGCAACAGCGAGCUCUUCCAGUCGCUGAUGAGCGGGAGCCCCCGAGAGGGCGGCCUGAGCAGGAAGAGGGUGACGGAGAAGCUGAGCGUGGAGGAGGAGAUGAAGCAGUGCAUCCAGGACUUCCACAACAUCAAAAUCCCACAGGAAUUCCCCGAGCGGAAGCGUCAGUGGCAGUCCGAACUCCUUCAGAAAUACGACCUAUAGGGACUUUUUUUGUCUUUCUUUUUUUUGUCUCUGGUUGUAGUCGACUGCAAUUUACAUUAUAUUUUUUUAUUUUAUUUUUUAAUCCAAGCAGCUGGGUUUUAUGUGGUCACUGUGUCCUGACGCCAUUCUCUGAGGCUCAGCUCACAUCCCAAGGAUCGCACCUCGCCCUUGAGCUUUCAAGGAAGACUGUUGGUCUGGGUGUGAAAAAAAUGAAAAAUCACUGAAAUGGUGAACUUCACCUAGCAUGAUGUUGGUGUUUACAGUACAUGAUGAACAUUUGUGACUGAAACUUAAGGUUAAUGUGACACAACAGGAAAUAUUGUCCUGGUUUCCAACAAUGGCACAACAAUAGUAAGGUAGCACAGGUUUCAAUAGACCACAGUAAAAUGAUCCCACAGAGUUUGCAUGAAUGGAAGAAACAGAAUCAAGGGGGAAAGAAACACGUUAGACUGAUGAAGACAUUUAUCUGAGCAGACGAACCUGGAGGGAAACUACCAUAAAUAAUUAAAGUAUAUUCCUCGUUGGCCUCUAGUGAAAUGAACAUUGUCUGAAUGAGCAUUUAAAAUGAUGUUUCCUUAUUUAUUCUGGUUGCAUUUCUAGGCUGUGCUGUCUGUGCAAUGGUCAAUGAUGACAUUUUUCAUUUAUUUAUUUAUUUAUUUUGUGCUGUGAUUUAUGUGCGAGGGCUAAUGUCGAGAAAAUGUCAGCCGUAUUCCUAUUUCAGAAGUGUUUUUUGAAAAUAUAUAGCUUGUCGGAGUCAUGAGUUUAUAUUAAAUGUUGAGAAUUAGUCUGCUGAAGUGCAGCAUUGCCUGGGGAGUCAGCCCUGGACCUGUUGUAGCUAAAUCACCAGUUCAGCUCUGGCAGGUGGGGAAGGGAAUGUGUUUAAACCCUAGAAUGCAGCUGAAGAUCUUUGUUCGUUGUUGUUCAGCAAUGCCAUUCUAAAAUAUAAUACUAAUCUAUUGGCCUAUGCUUCUCAAAUUGGUUAUGACAAACUGCUGAUGAAUAAGUCCAUUUUUCUAUUGGUAUCAGGGUGCUGUCCAUUUCUAUUCUGUCAAUUCAGGAAAUGAAUUGAAAUUUAAUUAAUUCACAAAACUGAAUUGGAAUGGAAUUGACGAUGAUUGGUAUAGCACUAACCUUACUUUCUGGCAAUGGAGUCUUUUGGACCUUAAGGACCCGUUUUUUCUUCUGUACAAAAUCUCUCAUACUGUUUGGAUAUCGUCUGAUAAGAAUUGACUUCUUAAAUGAUGAAAGUACAUGGCAGACACAAUUCAUGUAUGUUUGUGAUAUUACAAUCUGUCUUUGUUGUUAUUAUUUAUGAGUACUGUAUGUGUCUUUAUGAUAGACUAAUAUGUUAUUUUCUACAUUUCAUACUCACAGCAAUCUUAUCAAGAAAAGAUCCAUCUUUUUUCAGCCAUGAUUGCUGUUCAAUUUGUAUGGGUCUGCCACACUCUUAGAAAAAAUUGUUAUUUUGCUUGUCUCCAUCGAUAUGCCUUCAGUUCUUCAUGGAACCCUCUGUCAUAGGUGUGCAGUGUGAAAGCUCCCAGACAUGGAACCAUUUUGCUUUACAAAAGACCACUUGAACUAGGUGGGCUUCUUCUGUGGAAUCAAAGCUUCCUUUCCGGCCAUUUUUUCUGAGAGUGUAUGAAAGAGCACAGUCCUGCAGGACAGCAUCCUAGGGUUAAAACGACAGGCCUAGCCAACACAGGAGCUCUGCAGCCCCCAGCACUGUGCAGUGUAUAUCAGGAAACACAAUGUUAAAUUGUGCUCUUUGUUCCAGUCCACCCACAGGGGUUCAUGAGGGUGCUUGCAACAGUGAAGCAAAAAUGUAAUUAUUUUUUAUCGAUUGCCCUUAAUCAACAUUCUCUUGUCUAAUUAAAGUGCAGAGUUAAACUAA